CGUAUCGCCGCCAUGGGGACCGUGUUGUCGUUUAGUCCGCGGGAUCGUCGCGGAUCCGUUUAUCCGCCGGCGGGACACCAGCAUCCCGCCGACUUCACAUUGAACAACUUCAACUACGAGCAGCUGAACAACGCGAAGAAUCGCGAGAACAAAAGCAGCGUCGCAACGGUGGCGCCGGCGCCACCCACGAAUCAUCCGCCGACCAACAACAACUCGUUACAGAAUAAUAACAUUAACCUGAACAACAACGACAACGCGAGGAUCAUCUCGGAGAAGAACGCUCUGGAGAAGAACUUGAAGAAGCACUCGCUCUUCAUCAACGCCCUGUCGUGGAAGCGGUUCAGCACGGCGAACAACAACAAGAAGAAGCUCGACAACAAGAAUAAGAACAUCGCCUUCAGACAGCCGCUCGAUAAUAUACCUAUUGUUGAUAAGAAUAAGAACAUACAAACGCCGCAGACGAAACCACCGGCGUCGAACAAUAAUCACACUACGCACAAUCCGACAUGCGAGAAAUUGGUGCAGAAACCCCUGCCCCCUGGACCAAGGAAAACCGUCAUCCAGGCCUCCACCUCGGAAUUGCUCAAGUGCCUCGGCGUCUUCCUGCACAGGAAAUGCACCCGAUUAAGGGACUUCCAAGCCGGCGACGCUGUCAUGUGGCUCAGAACUGUCGACAGAAGUCUCCUGCUUCAAGGCUGGCAGGACGUCCCUUUUAUAAACCCUGCCAACGUAGUGUUCGUGUAUAUGUUGGUGAAAGAGCUCGUCGACGGAGACGAGGCGUCCGAGAAGGAGCUUCAGGCGACAGUACUAACGUGUCUCUACCUGAGCUACAGUUACAUGGGCAACGAGAUCAGUUACCCGCUCAAGCCGUUCCUCAUCGAGGACAGCAAGGACAAGUUCUGGGACCGGUGCCUCCUGAUCGUCAACCGACUUAGCUCCGAGAUGCUGCGAAUCAAUAGCGAGCCCGGAUUCUUCACAGAGAUCUUCACCGAGCUUAAGGCCUGCGGUGCCAGCGAACGUGGUAGUCUGACUGGUAGCGGCCUCGAACGGAGCCUCGUCGUCUCCGGAGUCGCGGUACCCACCAAGGCAGCUUGACGGAGCUACACACAC